AUAAAGUUCCCGCGUUGUUUCAUGCAGGGACUAGUGUGUUUCCAGGGUGACCAACUUUGCAGUACCAUGGAUGAUCUUUAUUUAGACAACAUUGACGAAUACGUUAACGAUCAGAAUAAAAUUGUCACCUAUAAAUGGCUGAGUCUUACUCUUGGUGUUCAUGUUAACACAGCUAAACAAAUGCUGUAUCACUACAUAGAGCAGCGACGGAAAGAGCGAUCUGGAAACACUCUGCAUGCAACUUAUUUGGUCUCAGGGAAGUGCUUUGAAAACGGCAGCGUGUGUCAUAAGGUGUCGGUAGUGCGUGAAGACAAGCUUGAGGAUGUAAAAUCAAAAUUGGAUGUGACCAUUAGCGUACAUGUGUACAGCGUGCAGAAAGCUGAGCUAAAGGACAGUGCACCGCUUUACAGUACUGACUACGAUGCUAUGAAGGAGAACCUUAAAAACUGCAACAAGUACAGUGCAAUUCGUUGUGCUGCUGCUGUACCAAUGUCCCCAGCAGAGUUACAGAGGGUUCAAGAAAAGGCCAUGUCUACUGCAAUUGCCAAAGAUGCCAAUAAACCUGUUGUCAGCAGCUAUACAGCACCUGCAUCCAAACCCACCUCCAACCAGCCAAAAGGCAUCAUGGGGAUGUUUUCAAGUAAAGCAGCUCCUAAAAGUGAAGAGCAGAACAAAGAGGUGAAGAUGGAGCAGAUGGAUGAUCCGUCUCCUGCUGAAGAACCUAAAACUAAGUUGCCUUCCAAAGCUGCUAUUAUGAACAAUUUUUUUGGGAAAUCAGCAGACAAAAAGCUUGAUAAACCAGACAAAAAUAUAAAAAAGGCAGAUGGGGUCCCAAUAUCAUCAGCUGCAGGGAGCACAAAACAGACUUGCAUUUCAUCCAAACUUAAGCAGGACAUGAAGGAGGAGUUGCCAAAGGAGGCUGACGUGAUUAAAGAUGACUCCAAAGAGAUCCGGAGUAAAAUGAAGCGUCUGGAGCAUCUGGACAGUGAAGAUGAGCAAGUGGAGAGUCAGAAGAAAAAGAGACGGCGGAUAAAAAACCCACAGCCUGACAGCAGUGAUGAUGAGGUGAUUCCAGAUUCUCCACCUGCACCUGAAGUGCAAACAUCAAGUCCUGUAAAGCAUGUGAAGAAUGAGCCUGUUUCACAAAAGGCUGAGGGUAGGAGGAGGAAGAGGAGACGGGUAUUAAAGUCCCGCACGUUUGUUGAUGAAGAAGGCUGUAUUGUGACUGAGAAAGGUUACGAGACUGAAUCUUACUCAGAGAGUGAAGAUGAGUCUAAGGGAGCCACUCAGCCUUCUGAUGAUUCAAGUUCACUCAAGCAGCCACUCCCAAGGAUGGAUGAGGAGAAAAAGGUUGAAGAGAAAAGUCAGAAAAAGGCUGCUGCAAAUAAAGCAACAAAACAAGCAUCCAUCAUGGGUUUUUUCCAAAAGAAAUGAACUUCUCAUGUGGGCUUUGUUUGUGUACCACUGUGACCUUCCAGUUGUCUUAUGACCUGGAUAUUUAUUGGACUGGACUUCAGUACAGUAAUAAACCAGCAGGUGUCCCUGUAAAGCUUAUCAGGUGUUUUGGCCAUUAGUCCUUUUAUAGAGGAAAGCCACUGAGAUGCUGGGAAUAUGUUUGGCAUGCCUAUAUAUGAAAGAUUUGUCUGGGAUUAUACUUAAACUCCUCCAUCAGUGAACAUCUUAAAGUACUUGGUGACAUUCUUUGUCAUCUUAAAUGUAAAAUAUUAAAUUUUACUAUAAACAAUUAGAACAGAUUGUAACAAGUUUAUUUCUAAUUAUACCAUCCUCACUAUUUGUGCUCA